GCCACCAAGCAGCUGAGGAGAGAGCAGCCAGACGGACCCAUCAUGUCCGACAAACCAGAUUUUGCAGAAAUUGAAACAUUUGACAAGACCAAGCUGAAGAAGACAGAAACCAGAGAGAAAAAUCCAUUGCCCACUAAAGAAACUAUCGAACAGGAAAAGCAAAGUGAAAGCACAGCCUGAGCGUAAAAUUGAAGAUGUGACUGUUGCUUCUUCAGUGGGGUUUUGGCUUCUGAGUUGGGUUGUUCGUUUUGUACGUUCCUUCCCCCCCCAAUGUUUGUUGCCCAUUUAUUUUAGCAUUGUUGACCAUUUCUUUCAGCAAACAUUUGCUCAUUUCAUGUUCCUGGGGGAAUAAGUUUGUUUUGUGUUUGUUGAACAAGAUACUAUGUAUUUGUGUUUGUAUUCUUAAAACUGUAAUUCCAAGUUCUGUAUCAACCCCAUUACUUGCCAAAAAAAAACCAAUUUGCAUAAAAAUUGUUUUCCUAAACCUCACA